AUGCUAAAGCAGAUCGCUUAUCCGGACUUCAUUCUCGACAGCAAGAAACUGGACGCUUAUUACAAAGGCUUGUCUGUGGACGAAACCGAUUCGUAUAGUGAGAUAAUAGAGAAGCUGUCACAGUGGAAAAUCGAGUUUGAAUUCAAACGUCUCAUCAAGCUCGUUGAUCGAAAUGAAUAUGAUUUCCUCAACCCCUCGGACGUCAACGCCUACUACUGGCACGAGGCUAACGCGAUACGUCAGCAAUUCGAUGCAGCUGGCAGCCUUCGCGACUGGUGGGACGCAGAAGUUAAGAAGAAAUUUGUUGAGCGAGCCCAAUGUAUGAUCGACCAGUAUGGAAAGAUUGAGGUGGCAGGCACUGGCUUAAAUAUUAAUGGCAAGCUCACUUUAGGAGAGAACAUUGCUGACAACGGAGGAAUCAAGCAAGCCUUGAAAGCCUACAGAAAAUAUUUGAAUAAACAAGGGGAAGAGAAGCGUAUUGAAGGUUUAGAACAGUACAGCAACGAGCAGAUGUUCUUCAUAGGAUAUGCAUCGAUAUGGUGUGGUCACUAUACUAAAGAUGCACUUGUUGGCUCGAUACUCACUGAUACUCACCCGCCAAAUAAAUAUCGGUAUGUUUCAUAA